AACAUCUGCAUCUGGAGUCGCAACUUGCCUUUGCUUGCGUGUAAUGGCGAAAAGGUGCAUGUCGUGCCUCGUCACCUGACGCAUCUCAUGGUACAGCGCGCGCUCCUCAAGCUCAAAAUUCAUUCGUUAUCAUCCAAACUCUCUGAAUAAUCACCUCCCCAGAGUUCGCUUGUCCCAGAUGAAACUCUGACCGAAUAAUCAUGGUUGACGAAGAUGACCGGAAAUCAAGAUAGUUCAUGGAUGUUGUGUGUGAGCAAGGGCACAUCGCCGACGUCAGAUGUGAUGCCUUCGAGUUCUGCUGAAGGUUCAAAUGUCAAGUCCACGCCGUGGUGUGUUGGUAUGAUCUCUGUCAUCAUUCACUUCCCUACGGCAUGUGUUCACAUUGAUGCGAUUCGGAUUACCGGAACAACCACGCGGCAACGAGACGAUCAACACAUGCUCACCCUGUUCUGUCAUCUCAGGCCGUCUGUUCUGUCAUCUCAGGCCGUCGUUCCUUCUUUCAUCGCCUCCACGAUGGACCACAGGUCAGCCUAUCAUCCUAACUUCAGUAACCCAGGCGCCGAUGCUGUCUUAUCUUCGCUCGACGGUACCCUAUACCGUCUCCCAUCAUCAGUCUUACGACGAACCACCACGUUCUUCGCUUCGAGCUCUUUCACAUUCGGACCAGAUAACGAGUCUAUACCCAUCCACGAGCAUGAUGACAUCCUUGAACGACUGCUACGGAUUAUCAGCGGUCUCGCAAUCCCACCUUGGCGCACAUUUGACGAACUUGAAGGCGUGCUUAGUCUAUUAUAAUCAAAUUUUUGCCCAAAUAAGGUAUUUGCAGAAUCUCCGACAAGACCUCAUCCUCUUCCACAAGAAGGAUAAUAUAAUGUGUCAUGCUGUAAUGACUUUUA